GCUCAGAGCUGUUCGUCGAAGUUGACAAAAAAUCUUUUUCCAGUGUUUUUAAUAGAAAAUUUGAAAGAAAAUUUAAUAAAUUAAUACUUCAAGCUACAAAAUUAUCAUAAAUGGCUACGAUUUCCUAAAAAUCAUGAAGACAAACGCGUGGUUCGAGAUUCUUCUACUUUUUAUAUCAACAAAAGUGUCGUUUGGGAUUGAAAAAUAUUGGCUACCAAACUUGGAAUGGGAAACAGCUAGCAACUGGGUGGAGAACCGGGUACCGGAAAUAGACAGUCGUGUGAUCUUUCCUUUGGAAAUGAGACACGCUGCGGGUCUCUCGACUUCCAAGGAUCUCAGAUUCUCUGGAAUUGAUUUAUCCAGGUCUGGAUCAUUGGCUUUGCCCAGAAAUGGAAAUCUACAGUUGAGCGAGAAAGAAAGAUCGUCAGAAAGAACCAGCCAAUGGCUGAGAUCGGGACACCUGUUUUGGGCCGAUCCCGAAAAUUGGAACGGAAGUUCCGAAGCCGCGCCUCAUCUCGAGCAAGUUCCGUGCCGUCAGGACGACAUAGUUUUGCCAGAAAGGAAGAACACUAUCAGCGUCCUUCUACCGAUAGGAAGUAUAGAAAUAAGAUCCGUUCGAACAUCCGACAAGAAACAACCCCUCAGUUGGCGGCUAUGGGUCGAGGCGCAGAACGGAAGAGAUUUUUACAAAAGGACGUACAUCGUAAGAUACACCGAGUACAGCUGCAACACGUGUCCCUGCCAAAAUGACCCGAACAACGAUUACUUGGAAGAAAUCUGCGCGAUUCAGAGGCCGAAAUGUGGAUUCACGCCCUGCGAAUUCCCUCUUACGGUCGAAGGCCACUGUUGUCGAUACUGCGGCGGUAGACUGUCUUUGACGAAGGAAGCAUCUCUGCCUGUCGUUCGAACAGCCGCAGAGGAAGCUUUCGAGAGUUAUACGAAAAGACUUGCAUGGCACGUCAGACGUACCUGGAAGGGGACAGUCGAGGUUUUGAUAAAGGGAAGGACUGAUUAUUCUGCUAUCAAUAUCCUCGAAGCGGUGGAAAAUAUGAAAAGGAUCUUGAUAAGUAUGAAUAUUGAAGUAUCGAGCACCGAAACCGCAGGUGCAGCUUUGCAAGAUAAUCGAUUGGCAGUUGCACUUGUUCCUCUCCUUGGAACGCCGUUUAUCAUCCUUCUUAUCAUCUUCUUCGUUUUCCUGUACUUCGGCUAUUCGUACAGACAUAUGCUAUCCGGCUGCACAGAUAUAUUCUCGUCCAUCAGGGACGGUGUACGAGUGGACAAAUCUCAACCCAGCAAACCAUUUGGUUUCGCUCGUUUCGAAAAUGUUCCAGAGGGCAGCGUUCAAAUAGCAAACGUAGAAAACGUCGAGCAACCUGUUAAAAUCGAGGAGAACGAGGAGGAGGACUCGGGUGGAAGAUUCGAAAAUCCUUUGUACAGAUCCAAGAGGAGAAGAAAAGAGGAAAGUGAGGUGCUAAACAUGGAGGCUCCUUUGAGAUUGGCUACGCUUAGAGAUAAAGUGGAGGAGAUCGAAGAGGCGGAAAUUGAUAUUGAUGAAUGAAACAACAAUUCCAGAGUAUAUUUAACUUUUUAUUGAAUAUGCAAUAAAGAGUUUUCAUUCACUUAUGGAAGUAACUGCAAAAUUUAAUUUCCAUUCACGAAGCACAUAUUAGAAGCGUUAAAGGUUGGAGGAUAAAUAAGAGACUUUCCAGCCCAUGGAAUAGCGCGGAACUUACUGAGAGAAAGAGCCAGGGGUACUGGAAGAAGGGAUUGUACUGCCAGCACUCCCACCCUCUGAUGCGCAACCCCUAUACCAGAACCUCCAGUGCGCAACAACCCUCCAAUUGGAUGAUUACCAUUCAACGAAAUUUGAAAUUUCUAAUGAGAAAUAUCAAUAAAAUUGUUCUCCAGUUAAAUAAAACAGGUGUUUUAACACUA